UUGGGUGCCGAAAGCAAAUUUUUGAAAACUCGCGUGAAAAAUAGACUAGGUUGACCUCUGUCUCUCUGUCUGACUCGCAGGAGCCCUUCACACCGCCACCAUCACCAACACAAUGGAUACCCUAUGUCCUGCCAUCAUCCAGGAAUUUUUGACAUUCCUUCCUGCCCGACCUUGGCUGGACUCAGAGACGUACCCGACUUCAACUGACGUCUAUACUGCGCAAGAUGUAGCCCCUGCAGAGGAUCGUCCCAUCUACUGCCAUCCAGAUCUUACUCUCAUACUAAGGUUGAUGGAAUUCCUCGUUGGGUUGGUCAGAAGCCUUGACAUCGGCAGUGUCUCUUGUCAGUCGAUGCAGGAAUGCUUGGAAGCUAUGAGUGAUGUAUCUUUCCAAGCUGAAGUCGACAUGAGUAGGUACAGCAGUCACGUCACUUCAGCGAUACGGCCUAUCAUUCAGGCUAUUGCUGAGGCCACCGGUCUUCCAGGUCGUUUUAGUGUGGAACAACAGGCUGUCAGCGAGGUUCAAGGUGACUUUGACGUCACCGUGGUACGAAAAUGGCUCGAGGACGGACGCGUUUUAUGGGAGCCUGUAGUGGUUUGUUCCGAGGAAGAUAGAGCUUAUUCGGUGUUACUUGAGAAGGCGGAGGAGUUGAGUCGGCCAUUCAGUCUUGAUGCCACUGAGAAGCAAACUGGUGCCAAGGCCAUGGCUGUGAAGCUUGCACUACAAAUGGUUGCUGCGAAAGCAGAGUAUGGAUUUUUCUUUGCUGGUUAUAUCGCAAUCGCAGCGCAGCUGGUACGCUCUCCCGAUCCGUCUCGUCCCGGAAGGAUUCUACUCCUCUCACCUGUUUUUAAACUCCAAAACGAGACCCUUCCGUAUCCGAACUCGCUGACGCACUUCCAGGCUAAGAUACCCACAGAGCCGUUUCUUGCGAUACUAGUUGCUAUGCUAUUGCGCUAAUCUACU